CAUAUGCAGUACCAAACGUACAUUGGCAUUCUGAACAGUAAAAACUUUUUGUUAAGGGAUGGAGCUGGGUUGGCGUGUAAAAGUUGAACGUCUUUUACACAUUUAAUCUUCUGUCAGCUUUUUCUUGGUCCCUUCAGUGCAGCAAUAAAUCAAUGGUGAGGAAGAGGCUAGCUUCCGAGAUGGAAGUUCAACCAGGCGAUGAAUGCCGCAACAGAUUUUCGGGCCGCCGAGCGACUAAUUUAAAUCCUCAAACCAUUGGUCUCCAUGCUGCAGGUGUAGUCGUGAAUAAUAUCAGCAAUGGUAAUUAUAAUAAUACCGGUUCUUCUAACCACCCACAAAUUCCCAACUACUCCACCACCACCGUAAUGUUCUCUUCCUCUGCUAUCAACACCAGCACUUGUAUAAUGGACGGAUCAUCUCAUCAAUCUGCUUCUCCAUCCGUUUGUGUUUUCUCGGGCCUGCCCUUAUUUCCGCCAGUGCUGCAGCAGCAGCAGCAACCGUUGUUAUCUUCUCCGCCCAUAGUCCCACUCAUAACGCCAACUACCACUACUAGUCCAAUUGGAACUCAAGUUGGUACAGAUAGCAAUUCUGAUAGCAGCGCUGCAAUGGCAUGGAUCGAUGGCAUCAUCAAAGAUCUUCUUCACAGCUCGUCCCCUGUCUCAAUACCCCAGCUUCUUCAAAAUGUUAAAGAAAUCAUUCACCCCUGCAAUCCUAGCCUGGCCUCACUACUUGAGAGUAGACUCCGCACUUUGACCACUACCACAACAAUGGAUCCAGACACUAUGAGAAAGGAAACAACAUCACCGGCUAUUAGAAAUUCCCAGUAUCCUCACUAUCAUCAUAAUCUUCAAAUUACUUCUAAAGUAACACCCCAAUUACAUCCAUCCUCAGCUGCACCUCCAACUGGUCUUGUGGACGUCGAUAACUUUGUUGCUGUUGCUGCUUCUGCUUCUGCUUCUGUCAACCAUUACAACAAUUGGGAACUUCCACAAACAGCAACUAGCAGUAACGAGGCCAUGCCUACUGCCCAUAUUCCUGUCAUGUUGUCAAACCAAAUUAAAAUGCACGAGGACUCGAUGCUGCCACCUCCUCCAGCAGCAGCCGAUGCAUCACAAGUUAUGGAUGAUGCGGCAGUUUUUAGGGAAAAGAGAAAAGAAGACAUACGACAGCUGAAGAGGGACGAAGAAGGUCUGUACCUGCUCAAACUACUCCUGCAGUGUGCGGAGGCCGUCUCUGCAGACAAUUUUGAGGAGGCCAGUACUAUGCUAUUGGAAAUUUCACAACUGUCCACACCUUUUGGAACGUCCGCUCAAAGGGUGGGCGCUUACUUCUCAGAGGCAAUGUCGGCCAGAUUAGUUAGCUCUUGCUUAGGAAUCUAUGCUUCUCUUCCCACAACAAUGGUGCCUCCUCAUGGCCAGAAAAUGGCUUCAGCAUUCCAGGUUUUUAACGGUAUCAGCCCCUUUGUUAAGUUCUCACACUUUACUGCAAACCAGGCCAUACAGGAAGCUUUUGAGAGGGAGGACAGGGUGCAUAUCAUAGACCUUGACAUCAUGCAAGGCCUCCAAUGGCCGGGACUCUUCCAUAUCUUGGCUUCUCGACCUGGAGGACCUCCUUCCGUUCGACUCACAGGUUUUGGCACUUGUAUGGAGGCUUUAGAAGCCACUGGUAAGCGCUUGUCGGACUUUGCUGAUAAGUUAGGGCUCCCAUUUGAGUUCUCCCCAGUUGCUGACAAAGUUGGGAAUCUAGAUCCUGAAAGAAUUAACGUGAGCAAAAAAGAGGCAGUUGCGGUUCACUGGUUACAGCAUUCACUCUACGAUGUCACAGGCUCUGAUGCAAACACGCUCUCGCUCUUGAAAAGAUUGGCCCCAAAAGUAGUAACCGUGGUAGAGCAAGACCUGAGUCACACAGCUGAUUCCUUCUUGGGAAGGUUUGUGGAGGCCAUACAUUACUUCUCUGCAUUAUUCGACUCGCUCGGAGCAAGCUAUGGGGAGGAAAGCGAGGAGAGGCAUGUGGUGGAGCAGCAGUUGCUAUCGAGGGAGAUAAAGAAUGUCCUAGCUGUGGGGGGGCCUUCAAGGAGUGGAGGUGGUGAGUUGAGAUUCAACUGGCGGGAGAAGCUUCAACAAUCUGGAUUCAAGGGAAUCUCUUUGGCUGGGAAUGCAGCCGCACAGGCCACUCUCUUGCUUGGGAUGUUCCCUUCUGAUGGUUACACCUUGGUCGAGGAUAAUGGCACUCUCAAACUUGGUUGGAAAGAUCUUUGCUUGCUCACAGCUUCUGCUUGGAAACCACUUUACAACUAAUUAGUAUCAUCCAGCUAGCUAGCUACGUCUUACAGCCAUUAUAAGUUGAUGACAUCAAUCGCAAUUUUCUUCUGUAUGUAGGUCACUUUUGUCUCUUUUAUCUGUUGUCAUGUCAUAUUCUUAGAAUGAAUAUUGAAAGGAUAAUUACCAUUGUCAUAGGGCACAAUAUAUCAAGUUGCUCACUCACUAUUAUAUGCUUUGAGAUGUACUGCCUUGCAUAAGAGAAAA